AUGUUGUCAAGCAACGCUGGGUCUCGAUUGUUUGGUGACGAAGAUCCUUUUGUCAUUGUGAAUUCAGAUGAGGACGUUACUAUCACUGCUGUGCCUCAGAAGAAAAAACAGAAGAGGAUCGUGAAGAUAAGUGCGGCCUCGAUGGCCUACCUACUGCAGCUAAGGAAACUUCGAGAAGACCUGCCUACAGCUCGAGCGGAAAGGGAUGAGGCGUUGUUUGAGGUGGUGACUCUUGAGGAGAAGGCUCGCCAAGUUCAGGCUAAGGAGGCUGAGAUUGCCAUGGUGCAGGCUAAAUAUGAAGAGCUGGAUGAGAAGAUGAAGUCUUUCGCUAGCUUGCACAUCUCGAAAGAGGAACUGCAUCAGCGGUGCACUGCCUUCAUGUAUAAGAUGCUUUCGACAGGAGGAAUGGCUACAACACUCGAGGAGAUGAACUUCGGUUUCUUCCAAGACUCAAAGAAAACCAUGCACGAGGCCAUGGUGAAGGUCCUGACAAAGUUGAACCUCAAGCAGCUACCUCUAUGGGAGGCUUUGACUGGCGCCAUGGCAAAGAUGAGUUCUCCGGUGGAGAUUGCUUCAUUCCCAGGCAACGUUCUUGCUAUCCUGGCCAAGGGUCCAAGCAAGGAGGACCUCAUACCUGAUGUACCGGAUGAGUACAUGGGUAUCAAGCUUGAGGACGCCGACGAAGACACCGAGGAGGACGUUGCUGAUACCGGCUAUUCAGAGGAGCAAUCAAGGGAGUUCCCGUUAUAUUCUAUGAUUAGCGGAAUUUCGAGAAGUCGUGCUGAGGUGCAUAGCCUCGAGACGGUGGCACAUUUAGAGAACGACCUCCUCGAUGCAAUGAGGAUGCACAAUGUGAAGGUUAACCAGCAUCUGAUAAACGAGAUUAAAGGACUCCGCGCGGAGAUGCAGCGUCGAGAAGUUCAAAGUUUGAAAGAUCACAGUGAUUCUUUGACUUUCGAGGCCGAGAUUCACGAUGAGCUGGUCACAUUGGAGAAGGAAAAUGCUCGGCUGAGGGCCAGACAGCAGAUUACCGUGUCUCCCUGGUUUCUCAAGAAGCAUCAAGUGUUAGCCCAAGUCCAGCACAUGAUUAUGGUCAGAACUUGCCGUUUUAUUGCAGCUAUGGAUAUACUAAAAGAGAGAUCUCAUGAGAUCGAGCUUCUUACAGACUAUAUUGCCCAACUGCAAAAUCUACUGUUGGAUAACAACAUUGACUUGAGGCUUUCGAGCGUCCGGAUGAAACCGUGGAUCCUCGAACUCAGAGUUCUCGAGAAGAGCUGUUGA